CUACCUCUCUCUCUCUCUCUCUCUCUCUCACACACACACACACACACAACGCGAUAUCAGAGUAGAGAACCCUCGGAACCCUAGCCGCCGCCACUUGAUCGGCGUCUCCUCGCCGUGUUCUCGUCUCCGGUGAUCAUCUCUAACGUGUCCUUUACCUUCAAAUAGAAGAAGAAAAAACCAUUUGAUCUGGCUGUGUAGCCUGCAGUCUCUUAUUUUCACAUAAUGUCAACGGGUCCUGGCCUUGAAUCGCUUGUUGACCAAACUAUAUCAGUCAUUACAAAUGAUGGAAGGAACAUUGUGGGGAUCUUGAAAGGCUUUGACCAAGCUACCAAUAUUAUUCUGGACGAGUCACAUGAGCGGGUUUACUCGACAAAGGAAGGUGUGCAACAACUUGUUCUUGGUUUGUACAUCAUAAGGGGUGAUAAUAUUUGUGUUGUGGGAGAAUUAGAUGAGGAGCUGGACUCAAAUCUGGACCUAUCCAGACUUAGGGCACACCCUCUGAAGCCUGUGAUUCAUUGAUCAUCCAAUUGCCCGAGCUUCUCUGCAUGGAAUUUUGAGCCUCCGAUAAGGUGUAGUGAUGAACUAACAAUGCAAGUUCUAAUUUCAGAAUUAAGCUUUUGGAAAUUGAAGAUAAAUCUAAGUGAGCUUGAGGGUACAGUAUAGAUCUGCUGGUUCUGUACGAUGUGUUUGAUGACAGUAGUCGGAUAAUCUUUAUUUUGUACCUGUAGAGAUUUAUUCCUGCAGUAAACUUCGCUGUUGCUGAUUAUAAAUUUGUACCUGGCAUUGUAACCAAUUCUGAUGAUAUGCUGUUUUUCUAAUGUACAUGAUCAGCUAACUGCGACCUUUUAAAGGUUGAUGCGCUUUUCUUUUUCCAGACAAUGUUCUUGAUGGAUUA